UGGUGGAUCAGAGAAAGUGGAAGUUGUUUAUGAAUUACUUAGUUUUAAAUAAACAGUGAGUUUAUUAAAUCGGUAUUCGGAGUUAAUUCGGUUAUUACCCGCUAACUUUAAUAAUCAAAUAAAUAAUUUGCAUAAAAUGUAUCAGAAGAUAAUGUCAACAAUUAAGUAAUUAAAGUCAUAAUGGCAAGCCAUUUUUAAUAAAAUACUUUUAUUGAAAUUUGUGAAUGUGAUUAAUUUUUAUUGUAAAUAUCCAAUCAGAAUGUGCGGUACUUUCAAGACAGCUUUACUUCUUUCUUGCUUUCUAUAUUUCUGUCAAAAUUUCAAUGAAAUUUUGGCUCUAAAAUGUAAGUGUGAUAUUUGCAAUAAAACAAAUUUCACAUGUGAAACUGAUGGGUACUGCUUUACAUCAACGUAUGUCAAAGGAGGGAAAGUGAAGUAUAGCUACAGGUGCUUGGGCACUCAAAGUAUUCCCGAAAUUAUCGUGCACACGAAUAGAAGUAUACAAUAUUGCAAUGAUAGCAUACAUGACGCGCAAAAUAAUCCAGAAUAUACCGCAAUGUCUUCGUACUGUUGUAACGAUAGAGAUUUUUGUAGCAAUAAUGUCUUGUCAUUCAUAACAGUCACUGAAAAAACAUCGACGGAAUUUACCUCUUUGGAAAUUGCUGCCGCAAUUGUCAUCCCCACUUUAAUAAUAUGCAUAAUUAUCGGAGCAGCAUACUUUUUCCAUACAUCCCAUCAGAGAAGAGGAAUGCAUCAUCAUCUAAAACACGUUGAUGAUAGUUUAGAAGCUCCCGAUCACCCGAUACUCAACAAAGGUGUUAGUUUGAAACACAUGAUUGAAAUGACGACUAGUGGAAGCGGCUCUGGUUUACCUCUUCUGGUUCAAAGAAGCAUAGCCCGACAAAUUCAACUAGUUGAAAUAAUCGGACAAGGAAGAUUCGGCGAAGUGUGGAAAGGAAGAUGGAGAGGAGAAAAUGUCGCUGUAAAGAUUUUCAGUUCCAGAGAAGAGAGAUCUUGGUUUCGAGAAGCUGAAAUAUACCAAACUGUUAUGUUACGUCACGAUAAUAUUCUCGGAUUUAUAGCAGCUGAUAACAAAGAUAAUGGUACUUGGACUCAACUGUGGUUAAUAACUGAUUACCAUGAACAUGGUUCUUUAUUCGACUUUCUUGGAAGAAACACCCUGGAUAGCAGCGGGAUGAUACACAUGGCGCUUUCAAUAGCAACCGGCCUUGCUCAUCUACAUAUGGACAUAAUGGGUACGCAAGGAAAACCCGCCAUAGCACACAGGGAUCUUAAAUCGAAGAAUAUUCUCGUCAAGUCGAAUGGUACUUGUGCUAUUGGUGAUUUAGGUUUAGCAGUACGACAUGAUGUAACUACAGAUACUGUUGACAUACCACUUAAUAACCGCGUAGGUACUAAGAGAUACAUGGCUCCAGAGGUCUUGGAUGAAACUAUGAAUAUAGAUCAGUUUGAUUCGUUUAAAAGGGCGGACGUAUAUGCGUUGGGUUUGAUAUUUUGGGAAAUCGCAAGACGUUGUAACGUAGGUGGUAUUUAUGAUGAAUACCAAUUACCAUUUUAUGAUGCUGUACCUCCUGAUCCUACGAUUGACGAAAUGAGAAGAGUCGUUUGUGUGGAUACGCAGAGACCAAAUAUUCCUAAUCGUUGGCAGAGUUGUGAAGCCUUGCAUGUAAUGUCCAAAUUGAUGAAAGAAUGUUGGUAUCAUAAUGCAACGGCGAGACUAACGGCGCUCAGGAUCAAAAAGACACUUUCAAAUUUCAGAGCAUCUGAAGAGUUAAAGAUGUAGUAUCGUACAUUGGUAAGUUGGGGUAUUUUUUUUUAAUUAGCAAAAAAAAUGUCAAUAUUUCAUUCGAGUGUAUCAGGACUUGAAAUAAGUUGGAGUGGAGUAAUUCAAUUAGUUAGAAUACUCUUCUCUCCUUUAUAAGCUGAUUUUCCUGGAACAGUAUCCGUCAUUAGGCUUCAGUUUCAGAUCUUUAGUGAGUAUACGUUGUAGAGAGCUACUUAAAAUUUGCGACGCCGAAUUGAGGUUCUUAAUUUUAGGAUAUCCUUUACAAACUACUACUCUAGUUGAAAUUGUAUCUGUCAAACUGUGUCAACUCAGUAAUGCAUUACUUUUAUAGCCAAUUCCAUAGCCGCAUCAAGGUCUUUAUGACAUCUCUAGAACAUAUUAGAACAAUCAAUGUCUUUCUAGAAUAUUAUAUGACCAUGGUCAUAAGAAAAACCAUAUCUCGUUAGAAUGUGUUGUUUUAAUAAAAGUAAAUUCAAAUGCUAUUUUGGUUUGUGUCAAUUAUUAAUUUAACUUUAAUAUCCUGUUUUUUUGUAGGUUGUUAGCGCUGGGAAGAAAGUAAUUGACGCCAUUGCAUCUUUGACUACUCGAGAGACUAUAUUCUUUUAUACUGAAGUAAUUUAAGUCUUUGUGUGCGCUAAAUAUUGUGUUUUUGUUGUAACAAUUAUCAAAUUCUGCCACAUUUUGUUGAUUCAUGAAGUUUUAUAGUGUAGAAAAUUUUCCUCGGUUAUACGUAACUGCCCUGUUCAUCUAUAAUUGUUUUUUCACUUAUGUUUGUUCACGUUUCUCAGUUAUUUAAGUUUAUACAUUAAUUCGUGAUUAGGGAUAUAUUCUCAUGACUCUCGACACCGCUAAUAUCUUUUCUAAUCCAAUUUAGGAUCAAUUUGAAAUUCGCUAAUUAUUCAUUGUUAUCAGAAUACAACUACCAAUUGAUUGGCAAUCAAAUUAUACUUAGAAAAAUUCUUUUUGGCCAUUUAUUAAUUUUAAAUGUUAAAUCUGUCCAAAAUUAAUAACAUGUUCCAACUUAUUUAUGAUUUUUUUAUAUUUCAGUGAUUAUAUCUUACAAAGGAUAUGUUUGAAUCGAUACAGGAACAAAUAAUUAUUGUGAAACACUUUUGUCAUAUCUUCUAGUAACCAAUGAUUUCAAAUUAUUGAAAAGUGGCAUUCUAACUAAAUAAUAUAAUUAAAAGAAAUAUUUUUGCACAUUGGUUUUCCUAGUGUUUUAAAAGUGUGAUAAUCAUAAAGUCAACUUCAUUAAUGGCUCAGGGAGAGAUUAAUUUGAAUAAAAAACAAAAACAUCAAAUCAAGGUUAUAGUAAGACAUUGUUGCCAAGUUAAAACAUCAUGAAUUUCGUAACAAGUGGAUUAAACAAUAAGAAAAUAUUGUCAAAUUGAUAUAAAAAAAUAUGUAUGUUAACUAAUGUUAAUUGAUAGUCACUGAGUUUUUUCUAAAUUUGAGGUGGUGUCGGAAUUAUGAAGAACUGAAAGAAAAUAAAUACAGAGUCGGACAUUGACAGUGGUUCAUUAUUUUACACUAUACGGGUUAUUUGUAAAAAGUUUCCAAUUUCUCAAUUUGAUUAACGACAUGAAACACGUGGAAUUUUUGGAACAGUUGUUGAUAUUCGUACUGAACACACUGUUUACACUACUAAUACACCAACACUACAAUUACACUAUGUGACGCGCGUUUCUCCAACAAAUUAAAUAGUUUAUCUUUAGUCUAUGAAGACGAUAACUUGGUUAUCGAAACGCGCAUCAAACAGUGUAAUUGUGAGUGUUGGUGUGUUCAAUACGUGCCCUACGACAUAUAUAGAGCACACAAUAGAUUGAAGAAAACAAUUUUCAUCAUUGUCCGACUCUGUAUUUAAUUAUCGAAUUAAUGUUGAUGCGAGAAAAAAAUUAAUAUAGUAUGUUACCAAUCGUUAUAUAUUUUUUGGUUAGACUGAUCUAAUAGGUAUUAUGGCAUGAAAAAAAAAUGAAUGACAUUAAUUGUACUUUUGUUUAUAAUUUAGGCAAAAAAAAUAACAACGAUGCUAAAAUUUAAUCACUUAUUUCCUUAACUAUAUAUAUUAUAUAGAAUUACUAAGUUGACAUGGUUUUUUUUUAAUUAUUGAUAUUGAAUUCUACCUUUAAUUGUUUGUCCGUACAAAGUGGUUCACUUAAAUUUGGCGAUGGUUAGCAAAUAUCUUGGUAUUAUUUGCGUUAUUAAAUGUUUAGUUAACGGAGGGUAGUAACAGAAAUAUAGGGCUUAGAGAAGCGAGGAGCAUUCAUUAAAAAACUUUUUACUACACUCCAAAAAUUCUUUGGAAGUCGAAAAGUUGAAGCACUUCACUAUUAAAUUUUGUUAUAAUAAAGGUGUGGGGACAAAAACAAAAAAUUCGUACAUAUCUAUUUGUACUUUACCCUAUGAAACACUAUAAUUACAAACAUUUUAUAUAAUUAAAUCCGUACUCAAUCGGCAGGCAUUUCUAAUUAUUCCUUUUAAAUGUUGCAUUAAAUUAUAAAAUACUUAAUCAGGAGUUUGCUCUAAAUUCUUCAUGUGUAGUUGCUUCCCAACUUUCAGAUUAUACGUUUCGUUCCAAAUUUUGCCAAAAAGGUUCCAUUGGCUUCGAUUAAAGCACAUUAGGAACAUUCCUAAACUUGUCAAUAAACAGAAUAUUAAACUCUGCAUAAUGAGUAGUUGCCAUAUCUAGCCAAAAAACAAAAUUUCCUUAAUGAACUGCAUUAAUCUAUAUCAAACACACUCUUUUUAAUAUAUUUUGGCGGUUACAGAAUUUCCAGGACAAAUGUAUACUGAAGAACGACCACGAGAAGAUACAUACUUCGUAUCAUUUUUUAUUUUCCUGCCCAAUAUUCGCAAACUGACUCUCAGUUUUCGUGAGCUUUCUUCUUUUUUGUGGCAUUUUUGUUUUUCUGCCUAAUUCUAAUUUUCUUCCAAUCAAAAUACUUGUCUCAACACGUCGACAGGAAUCUUAAUUUGUUUGUUCGACUAUUCCCGCUAUUCAAAGUGAUUUAUUUUAUUAUUUCAGUGACAAUUGAAACUUAUACACUUUUUUAAGCUAAUGGGAUCACUUCAAAGUAUAUAAGCUCUACUAUGGCUUGGUGGGGUCUUGUCCGGCGACAAACUUUCUAUGUCUGCUGCCCAUUUUCUUUUUAGUCUUUUACCGCCUUGUGGUUCUAUAAAUGGGUGGAGGAAAGUGUUUCCAUGGUUACCAAUGGUUCAUGAUAUUUCGUGCUUCGUUCUUUUAUAACAUUUUUGAAAAAACUGACGUUUAGUUCUUUAUGUAGGAUUAGGUUCGACAUCAGCUAUAAUGCGAAGUAUUUCGGACUGGCUUCUCUAUAUGAUGGCUACAUUUGAUUUAUUUGCACAACUCCAGAAUUCGAUCUUCGAUACCAUACAUCCAGAUAGGCUUGAUUGUAGUUUUAUGGAGAAGGAGCUUGCUUCCAAGUGUUAUUUUUUUACUAAUGUGUUAAUUCUAAUUUAAUUAUUCGUAGUCAUUCCAAUAUCUUCAUCAGGUGUUUCAUCAAAUCUUAUUUAUUGUAUUUUUCCAUUUCUUUAGUAUAUUUUUUAUACGCUUAUUUUCAACGCCGUUUUGUCGAAAAACUUGUUUGCCUCAUCAAAACUCAUCUUAGUGUGAAUAAUAUUGUAUUUCAAUUUUGAGCUAGACAAAAUUUACUGCCACUUGAAAUAUGGCGUCGUAGGCUACAGCCUGCUGGUAAAACCGCCACUGGUUCGAUACAAUACAUCCAGAUAGGCUUCAUUGUAGUUUUAUAGGGUAGGAGUUUGUUUUCAAGUAUUACUUGAAUUUUCUACCAAUUAGCCAAUAUAAAUAUUUUACUUUCAGAUCUAUUUGUUUGCGUUUUUUAUUAUAUGGUCUUUCCAUGUGAGCCUUGUGUCUAGGUGCGUUUAGAAGUAUUCCGUGUUAAUAACUUGUGGUAUUUGUACACUGUUCAUAUAAACAGAAUGUUACUGGUUUUUUCUUAGGCUUAUUUUGUAUCGUUUAUCUUGAUUUUCCAUUUGUUCGGCAACGUUUGAAUGUCACUUAAAUGUGUUUGUAGCAUCCUGGAAGUUGCAACUGGACUUUCAUUGCUUGGUGUAUCAUGCCCAUAUUGGUUCCAUUAUUUGUUGAUGGAUAUAAUAGUGGCCCCAAGACGCUCCUCUGUGGUACGCCUGUUCUAAUUGGAAGAUUAUUGAAAAUUCUUUUUCCAUUUUAAUAUAAUAAGCUAGUGUGCCAAACCUUGUCGAAUGUCUGGCUAACGUCCAAAAUCACUGAUUACAAAGUGAUUAACCGUAAACGAUCUUGAUUUUGUUCAUAAAACUUGGCAAUUAUUUUACAUCGUUAGUUUUUUUUUUUUUUAAUUUUCAUACAUGAAACUAAACUUCUAUCAGAGACGUUAUACUUAGAACAUUUGGCAACUGCACAUUUGGAAUGCAAAUUUCAUCUAGAAAUAAAUUUUAGAUACUUGAAAUGGUGAAUUUUUCCAUACUUAAAUCAUGGAAUAUAUGAUAUUGCGGUUUCUACUGAAUUUUCAUAUUCAUAUUAAUUGCCAUGUAAUGAGGUAAUUGUAUUUUAUAUUUUUAUAAAACUAGUCGACAAAUAUGUUGGAGUAUAAUAAAUUUAAAUUAUUUCUGUUGUUGGUACGGUAUUAUUUUAAGUGAAUCACACUGUAUAUUUAAUUAUGUAUUUUUUUGUAUAUAUAUAUUGUAAAUUAUUAUUAAAUAUUUAUGUUAUUUCUUUAUACACCAUUUGAUGUUCCUUUUUUUAUUGGAAAAAAGUUGAAUUCGCUCUGUUACAUUUUAGUCAGAAAUCAUUAGAAAUGUUUAUUUUAUGAUAUCCAACAGCAAAAUAGAAACUAUGAUAAUUGAAUAUAAA